GGGAAAGUACUACAGUUUUUCUCCAGAGUGUUGGUUACCGAUCUCAGUGAUACAGUCAUCGUGAAUUAUAUUGAAUGCUGAAGAGGAUCGACGCAUUUACAGUAUCUAUUUAUUCAUAUCAAAACGGAUUCCUGAGCUUUCAAAUAUUGUAGUGACGGGUUAUUAACGCCAGGGGGCAGUGGCAUGUUUUCCUAUCAUCUGCAUUACAGCCUAUAGCUGUAAACACUGCUCGUUCAUUCAUGUGCUCAGGAUCUGUUAGCUGACGCUGCAGCCCCCCACAGCUUGGGACAAUUUGAUGUUGCCGUUGUCAGAAUGGCCUCAGGUUCGAGCUUUGCCCCUCCAAAGUUGGCGGAUUUUAUCCUGACUGAGCGGCUGGGCAGUGGUACCUAUGCUACAGUCUACAAAGCCUACAGGAAGGCAAACAGUCGUGAAGUGGUGGCAGUAAAGGUUGUUGGGAAGAAGACUCUCAAUAAGGCGUCCACAGAAAACCUACUGACUGAGAUUGAAAUCCUCAAGACUGUGUGUCACCCCCAUAUAGUCCAGCUCAAAGACUUCCAGUGGGAUGCCGAGAACAUUUAUCUGAUUAUGGAGUGGUGCUCUGCUGGAGAUCUCUCACGUUUUAUACGCAGUCGCCGGAUUUUACCAGAGAAAGUGGCCCGGCGCUUUCUGCAGCAGAUAGCCUGUGCUCUACAGUUUCUCCAUGAACGAAACAUAUCCCACCUGGACCUGAAACCUCAGAACAUUCUUCUCAGCGGCUCCUCCCUCAAACUAGCAGACUUUGGUUUUGCUCAGUACAUGUCACCGUGGGACGAGCAGAGGGUACUGAGAGGUUCUCCUCUCUACAUGGCCCCUGAGAUGGUGUGCCAACGUCAGUACGACUCCAGAGUGGACCUGUGGUCAGUUGGAGUUAUUCUCUUUGAGACGCUGUUUGGGAGACCACCGUUUGCAUCUAAGUCUUAUGGCGAAUUGGAGGAAAAGAUCCGAAGUAACCAACCUGUAGAGCUCCCUCCUGGGGCCAGGGUUUCCAAGGACUGCAGGGACCUUCUGCUGCGGCUGCUGGAGAGAAAUCCAGAUGUUCGGAUCACCUUUAAGGAAUUCUUUGCUCACCCUUUUGUGGAUUUGGAGCACAUGCCCAGUGCAGAAAGCCUUGGGAAAGCGAAAGAGUUGGUUCUUCAGGCCGUUCAGAAAGAUCAGGAAGGAGAGCGGUCGGCUGCUCUCUCACUGUACUGCGCUGCCGUAGAGCACUUUGUCCCAGCGAUUCACUAUGAGGUAGAUCGACAACGUAAAGAAACGCUGAGGCAGAAGGUCAGCCAGUAUGUGUCCAGAGCUGAGGAGCUGAAGGCCCUGGUGGCCUCAGAAAACAGGCAGAGUUUUGAGGAGGCUCGGACCGCCAGGGAUGUUCUGCGAGAAAUGUCUCGAGACCAACCACGACUGAUGGCUGCUCUGGAGAUGGCCAAUACUGCCGUCGCUAAGGAACAGGGUGGAGUGGAUGAUCACGACGUCCUGGACAUGUACCAGCAGUGUUUGGGGGAGCUGCUGUUGGUCCUGGCAGCUGAGCCGCAGGGUCGCAGGAGAGAGCUGCUCCACGGCGAGAUCAAAAGUCUCAUGACCAGAGCUGAGUAUUUAAAAAAACACAUCAAGAUGCAGGAAACUCAGCGAGACGUGUCUCUGGAUCGAGAGCCCCUCGCCGACUCUGUCAGAAGCUCCUGCUGUCUGCAGUGAACAUGGCAUUGAGCGUGUGAACAAGACGAGACGCCUCCCUGACCAUCAGACGGCCAGUCACAGGAGGAGCCCUGGACACAGGGCUGUGGCAGAACCGAGGUUCUGUUCAGACCAGGUCAAACCCGGGUUUUAAAACUCCUCUGUUCAUCUGGGUGGGACGAUGCUGCUGAUUCUUAAUCCUUAUUUAACUUUAACUACACCAGAGUCUGCCAGCUACACUUACUGUGGUUAUUUAUUAACUUAACCUAGUUAAAGUAUAAACUAAUGCUGUGUGUGUGUGUGUGUGUCGGUUCCUCUCUGGGUUUUUCUUGAACAAUCAUGUCAAAGGACUGAAAUGUUUAAUCUGGUUAAACACAGGGUAGCUGUGGAUUCAUCACGAUUAAUCGAGAUAAAUCAUCAGUCGUAAAUAAAACAAAUAUUGGUGUCACUGUCACCUUAUUG